AUGGAUUUAUAUUUAAGUCUAGGAGAACCUGAUUUACUUAUUAGUCUAGCAGGCAACUGGGGAAAUUGGAGGGACUGGUCACCUUGCCCUGUAACCUGUGGUGGUGGUAGACAAGUAAAAAUUAGAGCGUGUGAUAACCCAGCUCCAGGUAACAACGGAUCCGAUUGUAAGGGAUCUGACUCAGAAAGUAGAACAUGUGCACCAAUUCCUUGUCCAAUAAAUGGUAACUGGGCAGAAUGGUCGUUAUGGUCCAAAUGCCCCUUAACCUGUGGUCAAGGUGGUGGACGAAUUAGGAAGAGAACAUGUGAUAACCCAGCACCAGCUAACAACGGACGGGAUUGUAGUGGCUCUGACUCAGACGAAGAACUAUGUAUACUUAAUGAUUGUCCAAUAAAUGGUAACUGGGCAGAAUGGUCGUUAUGGUCCAAAUGCUCCUUAACCUGUGGUCAAGGUGGUGAACGAAUUAGGAAGAGAACAUGUGAUAACCCAGCACCAGCUAACAACGGACGGGAUUGUAGUGGCUCUGACUCAGACGAAGAACUAUGUAUACUAAAUGAUUGUCCAAUAAAUGGUAACUGGACAGAAUGGUCGUUAUGGUCCAAAUGCUCCUUAACCUGUGGUCAAGGUGGUGGACGAAUAAGGAAGAGAACAUGUGAUAACCCAGCACCAGCUAACAACGGACGGGAUUGUAGUGGCUCUGACUCAGACGAAGAACUAUGUAUACUAAAUGAUUGUCCAAAAUGGUCGUUAUGGUCCAAAUGCUCCUUAACCUGUGGUCAAGGUGGUGAACGAAUUAGGAAGAGAACAUGUGAUAACCCAGCACCAGCUAACAACGGACGGGAUUGUAGUGGCUCUGACUCAGACGAAGAACUAUGUAUACUAAAUGAGUGUCCAAUAAAUGGUAACUGGACAGAAUGGUCGUUAUGGUCCAUAUGCUCCUUAACCUGUGGUGAAGGUGGUGAACGAAUUAGGAAGAGAACAUGUGAUAACCCAGCACCAGCUAACAACGGACAGGAUUGUAGUGGCUCUGACUCAGACGAAGAACUAUGUAUACUAAAUGAUUGUCCAAUAAAUGGUAACUGGGCAGAAUGGUCGUUAUGGUCCAAAUGCUCUAUAAGCUGCGGUUCAGAUGGUAACCGAUUUAGAGAUAGAACAUGUUCUAACCCAGAAGCAGCUAACGGAGGUAGAUCAUGCACUGGCCGUGGCAUUCAAGGUGAAAUAUGUGAGCUACCUGGCUGUCCUAUCUGA